AUGGUCGAGUUUUCACCCACCUCUCGUGCCGAACGGCAAACGCGCACGGUCGGGUCUUCACUCACCUCUUGUGUCGAACGGCAGGCAGGCACAUGUCGAGUUUUCACUUACACCUCGUGCCGAACGGCAGGCGCGCCUGGUCUAGUUUUCACUCACCUCUUGUGCCGAACGGCAGGCACGCAUGGGUCGAGUUUUCACUCACCUCUUCCUGCCGAUUCCCUUCCAAUCUUCAAACCAACCUCUUGGCUUGAGGACUUGGGGGACUACAUGAUCAUCCCCGGCUUACAAACGACAGACGCUCGUUCCCGGGUUAGAAUGCCGGAGCUCAGGGACAAGCAAGUCCUCAACCAAGAAGUCCUUCCUUGA